UGUCUAUGACCGAACCCACCAUGUAGAAAAUCAACACACCAACCACAAAGUGUGUCUCGAUUUUCUCUCACAUGGACAUUUCCCUAAUGACGCGCCUGUCUCAAAAACCGUGAAAACGGCGUGAGGAAAAGAAAGCUGAAAGCAAAGAAGAAAACAGCCAUAACCCGGUCCGAUCCCCCGCGUUUCUCCUCCCGAGGAUUUCCACAAAGAUGCCUGAGAUUCGGGACCUUUCUGAAGCUUUGCCAGAGAUGUCCAUGGACCCUAUUACUGGGGUUGGAGUAGUGGCCUCCAGAAACAGGGCCCCCACCGGAUACGACGUGGUGUCUACAACAACGGACGGCCUGGACGCCGAUCUGUGGAAGGACGGCCUUUUUAAAUCCAAGGUGACCCGGUACCUCUGCUUCACCAGAGUUUUCUCUAAAGAAAAUAGCCAUUUAGGAAAUGUUCUUGUCGACAUGAAGCUGAUUGAUAUCAAGGACACUUUGCCAGUGGGUUUCAUCCCGAUACAGGAGACUGUUGACACUCAGGAGCAGGCCUUCAGGAAGAGGCGGCUCUGCAUCAAGUUUAUUCCAAGGGACUCCACAGAGGCAGCAAUCUGUGACAUCCGCAUCCUGGGACGGUCCAAGCAGGCACCUCCUCAGUACACCUUCAUCGGGGAACUGAACAACAUGGGAAUCUGGUAUCGCAUGGGAAACGUCCCUCGUGCUCAGGACUCCACGCUCACUCCCAACAGCAACCACAUCCAAAAUGUGAACUCCCCCACAGCGCCAAGCCCUGCAGCUCCAAUGCCCAAGCAUAUCUCCAUGACUCUACCUGCCAGUUUCAGAGGGAAAAACACCACUAGACCCGAUUAUGAGCACCAGAACUCCAACCUGUAUGCUAUCUCAGCGAUGGAUGGAGUCCCGUUCAUGAUCUCUGAGAAGUUUGCCUGCGCCUCUUCUGAUCUGCAGCAGGUGGACCUGAUGGGCAUGACGAUCAAGUCGCUGGCUGAGAUCGAGAAAGAGUAUGAUUACAGUUUCCGUACGGAGCACAGCGCUGCCGCCCGCCUCCCCCCCAGUCCAACGCGGACCUCGCUAAGCUCCGAGGCCUGAGCGCCGCCGCCGAGACCUGCCGGGAGACCUGUACACAACUACUGACGACUGCCCACCACCAACACAACUCCCCGCCUCUCCAUCGCCAGCUGACGGAGGACGAACAGGUCGUGGUCUCUGGUUUAUUGGACUGAAAGUGUUCGAACACAUUCAUUAUUGAGAAGCAGCUUUUUAAAAUGAGAUGGAGUUGUAGGAAAACACAAAGAACUCUUAAGGAAGCGUGGAGAAAGAUCCGUCAUACACAUUUCUUCUGUUCAAAGCAUCAUUCAUAGCUCCUCCCUGUGAUACAAAGACCUCUUCCAGUCUGAAGGACUAACUCAAACCCAGAUUAAAGGAUGCAGGGCUGAAUUACUCUGAUGGAGGCCGUCGCUCUUGAACCUGAGAGCAGACGCCGUUUCUGCCUUCCUGGUGGCUUCCCUGCUGCUAACGUUCAAACAAAAACGCCAGUUCAUAUGUUACAGAGACAAAGAACCGGUGGGACUCUGGACGACGGCGAGCUUGCACUCGUCUUCUCAAUGGGAAUGAACUGUUUUCUGUCUUUUUUUUGUCUGUUACUGUACUAUUCUGGUGGGAAUGUAAGUGCACUUUGUGUUUGGGAAUUUCAGUGUGCUUCCUCUUUGCCUCGGAUGUUCACUUCAAAACCACUUUGUGCAUGAGCCUGCAGCUUGGAGAACAUGUGGAACCACUGUUACUGACCCGGACCGUUGCAUGAUUGACAACCACAGCUGAGCAGGAGCUUCAUGCCCCAACCAACACAUCGUCUGUUCAAUACCUCACUUUCAGAACUCUGAAUAUAAACAUUGAAGUAACAAAGGUCUUUUUGCUUCUUUAAAGUAAUGUCCCAUUUUAGUUGUAGGCACAUUAUUUUCUGACUGUACUUGCUGUUUGAACCAGCAGCAGGAAGUCAGCGCAGUGUUUUCCUGCCUUUUAUUUGACUGAGAAUGGUUACAAGUGGAAAAACAGCCCGCAGUGGUUUUUUUAAUCCUGUUCUUGGUUUCUCACUCCUUUCCAAACAUGUUUUUUUCAUUUUCACACUCUAAGAUGUCUGAUAACUUCAAGAAGUUUGGGAGGUCUGUAAACCAGAGCUUUCUAUGGUCUGUUUCCCACUAACAAACAACUGACGUGUCAGAUUACGAGCUUCAGAUUUCUUUUACCUUUGUUUUAUUUUUUUACCACGAUCACCUUCAAAUAGCUCCGCAGUGAAUUUAUGGACGAUUCUGGUGGCGAGUACAUAUUUAUUUACCUGUGAAUUGUAUCAUUUGUCCUUAUAGUGUAACUGGCUUUGGUAGUUUGAGGGAGCUGGCAUUAAUCCUGGUUUUAAUUUGUUAACCUGCUAGGUUCUUAAUGUAAACUCAAAACUCUAUAUCCGUGUUCACCCAGUCGGGUCAUCUUAGCAUCUGUUUACACUGUUUUUUCCUGGUUGAACAUCGUCGAUGUCGAGUGUUACAGUAAAAAUCUGCAACACUUGUGUUUCUAAUAUUUCUACAAGACUGUUACAGAGAAUUUGUCAGUGUUUAGAUGGUCAGAUCAUUAACACCACUCCGUGUAGCUGUACCACUUCUGACCUCAUGGAGCCGUCACAUCACAGGACAGUUCCUGUUUCAGCCCCGGCAUGGAUGGCCAGCAUCCUAAUACACUUCCUCUCCGAUGCAAAGAAUCGAUCUGGUUCCUCAGAAGAGACACUAGGGCUGUCCCGAUCAGGAUUCUUUAGCUCCUGAUCCGAUCGCAAUCUUUUUAGGCUCCCGAUACUUUUUCUCGAUCAGAUACAUUUUGGCAUUGAAUUUAAAAAAAGAAAAUAGGACUAAAACUAAAUGAUCCCAAGUUUCUUUUCUUGUCCAUUGGAGAACAACAUGGACAUUAUUUCAACAAAGCUUAUCAGCUCUGGUGACACAAAAUGUAAAAACAUGAAAUUGUAAACUAAAACAAAAAGUGCAGAAUAGUGCAAUAACAGAAAUAAAUACAUUUAACUUUAAAACAGGUAGUUGAAUGACAUCCAGUCAAACUCACAAACACAAGAAAAUUAAAAUACUUUUUGUCUUAACCUUCAGUGCAACAUUCUGAAUGGAUGAAUGAAUGAAUAGCAGCUUAAUGAACAUGAACAGAUGGAACAUUUCACAAUUCAAACAUGGAAACCAAGUUAGUUUUGUUUACUUUGUUGGCCAGAAGUGACGUUAAAUGCAACAAUAUAUAAAACGAUUUAAUAUAUAUUAAAAACAUUAAUAACUAGGUAUGUCCCCAUACUUUUUUGGCCGAUACCGAUGUUUUGAAAAUGCAGUGAUCGGACCCGAUCGACAACACUAACGAAGACUAUUGUUAAAAAGAAGAAUAUCCAAAGUGGCUGCAGGAUUGUUGGUGAACGACUGUUGGGUUUUUAAUCAAAAACUUGUUGAUCCAAGGUGUUGCUAGCAACUGUUGGAUGUGUCACAUAAAGCCCGGCCCUGUUGUGAUUGGUUUGGUAUCUGUACGUGAUUGGUGGGGUACCAUGUCCAUCAGUGAGAGGAUGGGUGGUCGUGACUGCCCGGGCCCAAGGUGGUCGUGACUGCCCGGGCCCAAGGUGGUCGUGACUGCCCGGGCCCAAGGUGGUCGUGACUGCCCGGGCCCAAGGUGGUCGUGACUGCCCGGGCCCAAGGUGGUCGUGACUGCCCGGGCCCAAGGUGGUCGUGACUGCCCGGGCCCAAGGUGGUUCUGACUGCCCGGGCUCAAGGUGGUCGUGACUGCCCGGGCCCAAGGUGGUUCUGACUGCCCGGGCCCAAGGUGGUUCUGACUGCCCGGGCCCAAGGUGGUCGUGACUGCCCGGGCCCAAGGUGGUCGUGACUGCCCGGGCCCAAGGUGGUUCUGACUGCCCGGGCCCAAGGUGGUCGUGACUGCCCGGGCCCAAGGUGGUUCUGACUGCCCGGGCCCAAGGUGGUCGUGACUGCCCGGGCCCAAGGUGGUCGUGACUGCCCGGGCCCAAGGUGGUCCUGACUGCCCGGGCCCAAGGUGGUCCUGACUGCCCGGGCCCAAGGUGGUCGUGACUGCCCGGGCCCAAGGUGGUCCUGACUGCCCGGGCCCAAGGUGGUCGUGACUGUCCGGGCCCCAGUGUGGUCGUGACUGUCCGGGCCCCAGUGUGGUCGUGACUGCCCGGGCCCAAGGUGGUCGUGACUGCCCGGGCCCAAGGUGGUCGUGACUGCCCGGGCCCAAGGUGGUCGUGACUGCCCGGGCCCAAGGUGGUCGUGACUGCCCGGGCCCAAGGUGGUUCUGACUGCCCGGGCCCAAGGUGGUCGUGACUGCCCGGGCCCAAGGUGGUCGUGACUGCCCGGGCCCAAGGUGGUCGUGACUGCCCGGGCCCAAGGUGGUCCUGACUGCCCGGGCCCAAGGUGGUCGUGACUGCCCGGGCCCCAGUGUGGUCGUGACUGUCCGGGCCCCAGUGUGGUCGUGACUGCCCGGGCCCAAGGUGGUCGUGACUGCCCGGGCCCAAGGUGGUCGUGACUGCCCGGGCCCAAGGUGGUCGUGACUGCCCGGGCCCAAGGGCAACUCUACAGUCUCAGAGUUUUACAGGAGGUGCUGGAGCGACUCCACUCAUGCUGCUCAUGAGCACAUUAGUCAGCGGAGCGGACCCAUACGCCCCCUUGUGGCCAGAGGUGGUAAUUCUACAUGCAGUGACUAACAGGUGCAUUAACUCAUUUUUGUGUUUGUCUAAUUUAUUAGUUAUUUCAAUAUUGUGACCAUGUUGUGUGAAAGAUUGUUUUGUUUUCAGAAAUGCAUCAUGUAAAGAUGUUAAUUGCACUGCUGACAUGAUUAACGAGAGGAAAUGAUCCAUGUCGAUGUAUCUCCCUGCUCCAUGAUUAGCUGCACGUGUAUGGUUGUUGUUUUAUUUUAGCCUUAGUGCAUUCCAUCCAAACAUUUAACAGCAGACUAAUGACAACUAAUGCUGUUUUCUUGUAUUUGUUAGUUUGCAUGCAUUCUGACGUGUCAGACAAAGUUAUUUUUGUAGCUUAAAGAUCAAAGGUCACAGAUUUUGUUUAUUAAAUAGAGUUUAUUCAGUUUGAACAGAAUGGCAUCAGUUGAAUUUGUAUUAUGUGGAAGUUUUAUUAAACUGUUCUAAAGUCUCA